GAAACGUGUGUCCUACCCACGCUGUCUGCAACCGGACUGGGCUUUCCACGCCGCAUCGGAGAUAAUAGAAAAAAUUAAAAAUGGAGAAAAAGAGCGAGAUAAACGGACACGCCAUGCCCGGCUCAGCAUCCACAGACCAGAUCCUGGAGAAGGGCUCGCAGAAGAGCCUCGGAGAAAAGCUGAUGGAGUUUCUGAGAAAGAACCUGCUGGUGAUCUUGACGGUGUCCGGCGUGCUGGUGGGCGUCGGGCUCGGGAUGAUGGUCCGCAGCAUGAACCUGACCAAAGCGCAGAUGACCUACUUCGCCUUCCCCGGUGAGAUGCUCCUCCGGAUGCUGAAGAUGAUCAUUUUGCCCCUCGUCGUCUGCAGUCUCGUAUCGGGGGCCGCCAGCCUGGACACUCGCUCCCUGGGCAAGCUGGGGGGCAUCGCAGUCGCCUACUUUCUGGUGACCACGCUGAUCGCCUCGGGGAUCGGGGUAGCCCUGGCUUUCAUCAUCAAACCCGGAGUGGGCGCGGGAGCCCUGAACACCAACAACCUGGGACUGGAGAGCGUCAGCAGCAACAAGGAGACCACCGACUCCUUCUUAGAUCUGGCCAGGAAUUUGUUUCCAGCAAACUUGGUGGCUGCUGCCUUUCGUUCUUACGCAACAGACUACAAGAUGGUUGCUGUGGGGAAUGAUACCAAUGGGACGACCCUCUACCAAAAGGUCCCUUAUGGUACAGAAACAGAUGGCAUGAACAUUCUGGGUUUGGUGCUGUUUGCCAUGGUGUUUGGUGUGGCACUGAGGAAACUGGGUGACGAGGGAGAGGAACUCAUCCGUUUCUUCAAUGCUUUCAACGAAGCCACCAUGGUGCUGGUGUCCUGGAUCAUGUGGUAUAUCCCCUUUGGCAUCAUGUUCCUAGUGGGCAGUAAAAUUGUGGAGAUGGAAGAUGUGGUUCUUCUGGUCACCAGUCUGGGAAAAUAUAUCUUUGCUUCGAUUUUGGGCCACGUUAUCCAUGGAGGCAUCGUCCUACCCCUCAUCUACUUUGGUUUAACGCGCAAGAACCCCUUCAGUUUCCUGUCUGGCCUAAUAACACCCUUCACCACUGCCUUCGCAACCUGCUCCAGUUCAGCAACUCUACCCUCUAUGAUAAAGUGUGUGGAGGAGAAUAAUGGUGUGGACAAACGCAUCAGCCGCUUCAUUCUGCCCAUUGGGGCCACGGUUAACAUGGAUGGCGCUGCCAUCUUCCAGUGCAUCGCUGCCGUCUUCAUUGCUCAGCUCAACAAUACCGAGCUGAACGCUGGGCAGAUCUUCACAAUCCUGGUGACGGCCACAGCCUCCAGUGUUGGUGCAGCAGGCAUCCCAGCCGGUGGCAUCAUCACCAUUGCCAUCAUCCUGGAGGCCAUCGGCCUGCCAACCAACGACCUGUCCCUCAUGCUAGCUGUUGACUGGAUUGUAGAUCGUACCACCACUGUAGUGAACGUAGAGGGCGACGCUCUUGGCGCGGGAAUCCUCCACCACAUAAACCAGCUGGAGAUGAAGAAGCAUCAACAGGAGGGGGAGCUGUCGGAAGUCCGAGUGGAGGCGGUGGCCAACGUCCAGGCAGAGGAGGAGACAUCUCCAUUAGUCACGCAUCAAGCCAAAGCCUUAGAAGCUAUGCCGGAAGCCAUUGAGUCAGUGCUGUGAUCCCAGCAAGACUUUUUUCCUUUCUUGACCUUUUACCUUUGACAUCUCUGACAUGCUGCUUUUGUGGAAGCAUUCUGAUUCAGUGUAAGGCCAAAAAAAUGCCUGCUAGAGCAUGGAAAGUCCACAUAGUGUCACUGUUAUUUUUAAAAUUGGGUUUCCAUUCUGGCAUCUUAAUGCUAAAUUGAGUAUAUAUGAAAUUUUAGAAUAAUUUACACUGAAAUGAUUUGCCCAGUCGUUUAAGUCAAUAGUUUUUGUAUUUUACAUUUUAUUUAUUAAAGCAUUUUGACAUGAACAGUGACAGAAACAUACCAAGUCUAAAACAUUCCCAUAAAUGUGACAGUUAUGUUCAUCUUACUCCAGUCACUGCUCAUCGGCAGCUUUGUAUAACAGGACAUGAUGAAGUGCAUUUAUUUCUUUUUAUCUUCAGACUGCAAAUACCAUGACAUGCUUAAACUAUAGAGUAUUAACGACUCAACAGAUGCUGACAAGUAAGAGUGUUUAACCAAUCUCGACGAUGUCUGUCAUUGUUUAAGUACUGGUGGAAGUCUGGGUAUGCGUUUUACUUCAAUUUGAUGUCCCUUACUUGAAUAGCUGGAUGAAAACAACACAUUUUGUAGUGUCAGGUCAGGUUGAAGUGGUAACUGUGGUAACUGUUUGGGCCUCAGUUUGAGAGUAAUAUUUUUCAUAAUCCAGAGAAAAGUUUACAAGGGCUGUUAAGAGGUUUUAGAACUGAAGAAGCUUCACAGCUGUAAAACAUCUUCAAGAAACCCAAAGGAGUCAAGUUGCUUUCUUUCCAAGCUCCUUGGAAUAUUGGUCUGCAUGCAUUGCCCUAUGUUCUCAUGGGGGAAAGGUCAAUUGUAUGAUCUAGUCUCUAAAUAAAACAAGACCCUAUUUAUAUCUGAGAAAACAACCAUUCUUCACAUCAAUAUUACUACAGGGAAAAAGCUGACAUCAACAUUUUACAAGCAGAUGCCAACAAUUUUGUAACGAGAGCAGCUUAAAAGUCAUUUUUCAAAAUGGUUAAAGCUAGCUCUUUAAAGUUCAAUGUACAUCAGCCUUUUUAAGUUGUACAUACUGGCAUAUUUCUUAGCUUUUUGUGACAACAUACUUGUUUGAUGUUUAGCUACACUGAUUUUAGCUAUUUUAUUAAAAAGAAAAUAUAGCUAAGAGCAUUAUUGCUAUGCUACCAAGGAGUCUGAAACAUAGCUAGUUUGGUUUCUUUUUUGUUUGCUAACCAGCUAAAGCUGUGUUAACACUAUGCUAACAGUAAGCUAUGCUAGAAUAUUUUAACUUAUCACUUUACUUCUUUUCUUAGCUAAGUAUCAUGUCAGGUGUUUAGAAUAAGUCCAGGGAAGCUCACUUGACACUUAGGUAAUAACAACUGUGGCUAACUAGACAAAUAUAAUAAUGAUAUAGAUAUAAAAUUGUUGAAGCUUGCUAUUCUUAUUCUGGGAGUCAAAAACAGGUUUGGAUGAUUUACUGUCCAUAAAUGUCUCAUUUAUGUUAGCCCUAUGCUAGCCCAUUCUGCAGCACCUCAGUUUAUACUUAAAUAAGCCAUUUUAUUGUGUCUUUAAGAGCCCCAUUCUUAAAGCCCCCUUUGUUCUGAUUGGCUACAUUCUGGAAGCCAGCAGAGGAGAAGCACCCUGUUCUUGUGAGCUAUAUGGCCUUUACUUUAUGAAAGUCGAAAAGACUUGGUAUUCUGGGCAGUCAGAAGCUGUUUGAGCUUUUGGCUCACAGUGAUUACAUUUACAUAUGCUAAAUGUAAAUGUGGCAAACUUUAGCUAUGUUUAAUAUGAACGUUCAACAGAAAAUGGGGAAAAGAUAUUAAAAAAUGAUUUAAAAAGUUGAAUACUUCACACACAGCUGCCAGAGUGUGUGUAUUUGAAGGACUAAUAUAAGCCGUUGAUACUGUUAAAGCUAACAGUUAGUUUGUUUGUGAGUACUGUAACCACACUUCUUUGACACUCCAGGUCUGCUUUUAUUGAAGAUCACAUGUGAAACUUGAAGUUGUCAGUAAGGUCAGUAGUUGACAGUGGUGUGUCUGAGAAAUCACAGCAAAUUCAUAAGUCAUUCAUUCAAAAAUCUAAAUCCUCAUCAAAUGUUUACACUCAAAUACUGGACCAAAUUGCAGUUCAUAUCACGCUGCACGUUAUUUUGUUGCAAAUCCAUCCUUUGAUUAUCGGGGUGAUUUUUCUCAGUGAUGUCCGAGUCUUGCGCCAUGACAUUAUGACACCAGAGUGGAAAUUAUAUGAUGUUUUUUAAUAUUUAUAUUUUAUUGUUUUUAAGAGGUGCAUCCUAAGCUGUGUCAGAGCAUCUGAAUCCUACUCUUCUCGCUUACUACAUAAUUUUAUAUUCACAAAUGAGCUCACUGACUGAUAUGAGUCUAGAUAGUGCCCCUCAUUACUUUGUGGUAACCUGGGAUGCGAUUUUCAUAUCCAAUGUCUUGCUGAUUUACGGUUUUACGUGACUACAAGACUGCCAAAUCUCUGCUGGUUGAGCAGCAGGAUGAGUCUUUGCUGCCCUCUGCUGGCGGUUAUGUGAAAGUACUAAGCUGCUUGCAUCUCUUUCUGCAUCUGUCUGAAACUUUGCAUGACAGUGGUGAUAUCUGCUAUUUAUUUGAUCUGUCAUUUAACAGCUGGUGAUGAGACUGCUUUGCUCUUGUGACAUGAUUCUGUAUUUUCAAAUGAAGAAUACUCAGAAGUGAGGGAUUCUUUUUUGUUUUGUUUUUUCAUGUGUGAAAUGAAGUCAUUCAUGUCGCUGUCACCUUACUUGUGAGAGGCUCGUUAUGAUGUGGUGGUGCUACUUUAGUUGUCUCCUUUAAAGAGGAUGUAAACUAGUUUGUUUCAGGACUUAUUACUCAUUGGUACAGAUUUCACACCUGAUUUUUAUAAGCUAACAAUUUCUCGCUUAACUUAAAGCUUAGUAAACUGUAUCUUGUACAAUCACAUGUAAUUACACAUGAUGUGGUACAUGUGUGAUAUAUAUUUUAAUUUAUUGCAAUUAGUUUGACUUUUUUGUAUUAUUUGUAUGUUAUCCUUUUAACAGUUUCAAAUAUAUUUGUCCUUAUUGUACACUUUUGAAACUAAACUUCACCUGCCAGUGUUUCUGAUGACCUCCUCCUCUUUUCUUUUAGGAAUAGCUGCUACAUUUCUGUGCCGUCUGUACAGCUGUCACUUUCCUGUUAUUUUUGCUGUCUGUCAACAUUAAAAGUUAUUAAAGUUUUUUUUU